CAUACAGUCUUCGGUUUGGACACGUCCCAUCCCAUGCCUGGGCUCUGUGGAACAAGGAACUCAAGCAUGGAGAAGGAUUGGGGCUUACUUGGCUUCCUUUUUUUUUCAUUAUGUUUUCUCUUCAGCAAUGGCCAAAACAUUGAGUGUACACAGGAGACUGUGGCUGACAUUGUAUUCCUGGUGGAUGGCUCUUCCAGCAUCAAGCAGGAAAACUUCCAAGAAAUCCGUGAAUUCCUCUCCUCACUUGUAGAGAGCUUUGAUGUUGCCCCUGACAAGAUCAGGAUCGGUCUGGUCCAGUACAGUGACACACCGCAUACUGAGUUUUCCCUUAACACUUUCCAGAACAAACAGGAAAUUCUCAGCUACAUCCAAAACUUGCAAUAUAAAACCGGCCAGGCAUUUACCGGUCAGGGUUUGGAGUUCAUUCUGAAACAACACUUUAUUGAAAAAGCCGGAAGUCGAGCUCAGCAGAAUGUUCCUCAGAUUGCCAUUGUUAUCACAGAUGGUCAUUCUCAAGAUGAGGUUGAGUCACAGGCUCAGGAGCUGAGGCAAAGGGGAAUCAAAAUAUUCGCCAUAGGGAUCAAAGAUGCAAACGAGGCGUUACUCAGACAGAUCGCAAGCGAGCCGUAUGAUCAGCAUGUCUACACCGUAUCAAACUUUGCAGCUCUGCAGGAAAUCUCUCAGAAUGUAAUCCUGAAAGUGUGUACCACUGUAGAGAAAACACACAAAGAGGUCAUCCAGAUGUCAAGAGGCUGCAAUGAAACUGCUCAGGCAGACAUUGUGCUCCUUGUGGACUCAUCUGGUAGCAUUGGAGACAGCGAUUUUGAAGAAAUGAGGAAGUUCCUCCAUGCCUUUGUGGACAGUUUUAAUCUUACACCCAACAAAGUGAAAGUGGGACUUGCCCAGUUCAGUGAUAGACCGUACCAAGAGUUCCUGCUUGGUGACUAUUUAGAUAAGAGAGACCUGCACCAAAAGCUGAAUCGUCUCAUCUACCAUAGAGGAGGCACCAACACUGGUCAGGCCCUGACAUUUAUCCGUGAUAAUUACUUUAGCCUGGCCAGACAAAAUGUUCCUGGCAUUGCCAUAGUCAUCACAGAUGGAGAAUCACGUGAUGAUGUGGAGGAACCUUCCCAGAAACUGCGCAACCUGGGCGUUUUCAUCUUUGUCAUCCGGGUGGGAAAAGGCAACAUGGAAAAACUGCGUGCUAUUGCUAAUAUCCCUCAUGAAGAGUUCUUAUUCAGUAUCAACAGUUAUCAAGAACUGCAAGGUCUAAAAGAAAGUCUACGCAACAAAGUGUGCUUUACUGUGACCCUCCAGUCAGAAGCUUUUGUGCCAAAAUUUGCUGAUCUGUUCAUACUGGUUGAUAGUUCACCAUCUAGACAAGAGCAGCUAACAAAGAAUUUCCUCUCAAGACUGGUCACGCAGCUCAACGUGGGAAAGGUCUAUAAUCGUAUCGGCCUGGCUCAAUACAGUGAAAAUGUCAAAGAGGAGUUCCUGCUAAAUAAUAAUAAGACCAAGAAUGAGAUAGUGUCAUCUAUUCGCAACCUUAUUCUGAGGCCUACGGGGGAGCGUAGAAUUGGCAAUGCAAUUGAAUAUGCUCAUAAAAAUUUCUUUACUAGUGCCGCUGGAAGCCGCGUCUCUGAAGGAUUUAAGCGGUUUCUGUUAGUCAUUUCAGCUGGAGAAUCAGCCGAUGGUGUCAUCCAAGCAUCCCGCACGAUCAAAAAAGAUGCGGUAACAGUUUUUGCUGUAGGCUUGAGCAGAGCUGAUGCAGAUGAGAUGAAGUAUAUCUCUAGUCAACCACACAGCUACAAGUUAGUAGGUAACAUCCAACAAGUGCAACAGAAAAUUAAGUCUGCCAUUGACACAUGGGAAGAUGCUACAGUUGCAAGGGAGUGCACGUUUGAUGUGGUGGCAGAUAUCGCUUUUAUUGUUGAUCAAUCCAGCAGUAUCAGAUCCAAAAACUUCCAACUUGUGCGUGACUUUCUCGAGAACACCAUCGGAGGUCUUGAUGUGGGUGAAGGAAAAAUUAAAAUAGCUGUGGUCCUGUAUAGUGACUUUCCUCGAGCCGAUGUGUACUUUAACACCUUCAGUGAUAAGACUGACAUCUUGCGCUACAUUAACAACAUGCCAUAUGGUCGUGGUAAAACAUACACCGGAGCUGCUCUCAGGUUUGCCAAAGAGCGUGUGUUCACCAAAGCAAGAGGCAGCAGAAGAGAUCAGCAUGUUCAGCAAGUUGCUGUUGUUAUCACUGAUGGAAAGUCAACAGAUAAAGUGGCCAGUGCUGCUGCAGCAUUGCGGCGAUCAGGCGUCACUGUAUUUGCGCUUGGUAUCAAAGACACUGAGGAGGAUGACUUGAGAGAGAUUGCAUCCUAUCCACAUAAGAAGUUUGUAUUCAGUGUGGAAGACUUUGACAAACUAAAUUCACUUUCAAAUAUUUUAACCAAAACACUUUGCAAUGAAAUCACAGAUUCCAUCAUACCUAGAGCCUCACAGACCUUUGUGUUACAAGAUUGCAAGAAGACAAUGAAAGCAGACAUAUACUUUCUUCUGGAUGAAUCAGGAAGUAUAGCCUAUGAAGAAUUUGAUGAUAUGAAGAACUUUACUAAGAAAUGGAUUGAGGCAUUUGAGGUUGGAAAAAACCAUGUGCGCUUCGGGUUGGUGAAGUUUGCAAGCCGUGCAACCACAGUUUUCCGAUUACAUGAAUAUAACACAAAAGCUGAAAUUGAGAAGGCAGUGAAUGCCCUCAGAAUGGAGGGAGGGGGCACCAGAACUGAUCUGGGCUUGAGAAAAAUGAUCCCACUCUUUGAAGAAGCAGUACAAACACGAGGGGAAAAGGUUCAUAAGAUCCUAAUUGUCAUCACAGAUGGUGAGUCAAGUGGAACAGAAGAGUCAGUAGAAGUCCCUGCUAAACGUCUGAGAGCUGAACAGAAUGUCAAUAUUUAUGCUAUUGGAGUGAAAAAUGCAUCGGUGCCAGAGCUCGAAUUAAUAUCUGGCAGCAUUCAAAGAACAUUUUAUGUCAAAAACUAUGAUUUCCUCGACGAAAUCAAGAAAGAGAUCAUUACGGAAAUAUGUUCCUUUGAAGGCUGUGAAGGUCUUUUUGCAGAUGUUGUCUUUCUUCUUGAUGGAUCAGAAAGUGUUAGUGCUAUGGACUUUGAAAAUAUGAAGGACAUAAUGAAGCUUAUGAUUGAUAAGUUUGCAAUUGGACCAGACAAAGAGCGGGUUGCGGUUGUUCAGUAUGGCACAAACCCAGUUGAGGAGUUUUUCUUAAAUAGAUUUGAUGAUAAAGCUCUUUUAUUACAGGAAAUCAGAAAUAUCAAACAGAGACAUGGUAAAACAUAUACUGGAAAAGCACUUAGAGAAGUAUUGCAGUCAUUUGACAUUUCUAAAGGAGGAAGAUCCAAUGCUAUAAAGUUCUUGAUAGUUCUUACGGAUGGAGAGAGUUGGGAUGAUGUAGCUGAGCCUGCAAAAGUCUUAAGAGACAACUCCAUCAACAUUAAUGCCGUUGGUAUGACACAUGCAAAUAGAUCUCAGAUUCUUGCCAUUGCUGGAUCCCAUGACGGAGUGUUCUUUGAAGAUGCAGUUCUGUCCUCAAAAGAAUUAAGCAAUGAUGUCCUUCUCAAGAUCUGCAACACAGAAUGCAAGACAUCGGAACUGAUUGACAUAAUCUUCCUUGUUGACGCCUCUGGAAGUGCCAAUAAAGAUGGUUUUCAGGAAAUGAUAAACUUAAUGAAAUAUGCAGUUAGCAAAUCUGUGGUUGGAGAAAAACGGGUACGAUUUGGCGCCAUCACCUACUCUAAUAUCCCUCGUUCAGAGUUCACACUCAAUCAGUACUACAGUCAAACUGAUAUUCUGAGGGUUAUCUCAAACCUGAAAGCUUCAGGAGGAAGCAGAAACACAGCCCAAGCCUUGAACUAUGCACUCUCAUUCUUUGGUGCUACAUAUGGUGGACGACGAGCAAAGAAUGUUCCUCAAGUGUUAUUCUUGAUAACAGACGGCAAGGUUAAUGACUUAAGUGGUCUGGCUACAUGGCCGGAUUCACUGGCAUAUUCAGAAGUCAGCUUUUUUGCUAUUGGUACCGAAGAUGCCGAUGAACAACAGCUAAAGGAGAUGGUGGGAAAGAAAGGAAGAGUGCACUAUGCAAAGACCUACAAUGAUAUGCCUGGGCUGCAAAAACGGAUCACCCAAGAGCUCUGCAAUCUUACCAAACCAAUUUGUGAGAUGGAGGUAUCAGACCUUGUUUUUUUAAUUGAUGGAUCAGAGUCUAUUAAAGCUCAAAGUUGGGUUACUCUCAAACAAACCAUGAUUGACAUUGUGAAGGAGCUGGAUGUUGCUCAAGACAAAUGGCGAGUGGGUAUUGCCCAAUUCAGUCGUGACUUCCAGAAGGAAUUUUACCUAAACGACUACACUAGUUUUGCAGAAGUGGAGAAAGCUAUAAACAAAAUUGUACAACAAAAGCAGGGGACAGGUACUUGGGACGCCCUGAGAAAUGUUAGAUACUUUUUCACAAAAGAGAAUGGUUCCAGAAUAGAUGAAGGAGUCGCUCAGAAUCUUCUGCUGAUCACAGACGGAGAGGCUAAUGAUCCAAAAGACUUGAAUGCAUUAACGUAUCUCAGAAACAAGAACAUUGAAAUAACUGUUAUUGGGGUUGGCAAUGAAAUAAAGAAAUCUGAGCUUCUUGAAAUAGCUGGAACACCUGAUCGGGUCCUUAUUGAGACUUUUGAAGGCCUUGAACUUAAGAAAACCGUCAGGAGAGUGUUGGAUAUAUUGUGUAAAGACAUACCAAAACCACCUGCCCCAUGUGACUGCGAUAUUGACAUUGCCUUUGGGUUUGAUGUGCCCAGACGAAUCACGCAAACUCUGUUGACACCUCAGGUGGAACUGUUGGUUACUGCAGCCAUUGAACAUAUCUCCACGAUGGGUCAUGUAAACUGCAUUGAAAAUAACAAUAGCACAACUAGAUUUGGCUAUAGGCUUGUGUCUGGACAAGAUGGGAAGAUUCUGGAGGAUUUUCAAUUUGAGAAAUACAGCAAGGAUGUGGUCAAGAAAGUGAUGGUGUUGCGACCUACGGCAGCCCUGGCUUUCAAUGAGCUUCUGUUAGAUUCUUUCAGAGAAAAAUUUGUCCAGUCCAAAGCCACUGCAAAGGUUUUGAUAAUCUUCACAGAUGGGUUGGAUGAUAGCGUUCAGAAUUUGAUGCAGAGUUCAGAGAGACUUAAGAAAAAUGGAAUUAGUGCACUGCUGAUUGUGUCUUUGGAGGGAAUAAUUGAUGUUCAUCAGCUGGAAUUUGGCAGAGGUUUUAGCUACAUGCAGCCACUGACCGUCAACAUGCUAAAUUUAGGCAGCGCUCUUAUGAAACAGAUUGAAACAGUGGCACUGAGGCAAUGCUGUAAUGUACCUUGUGCAUGCAUCGGUAUAGAUGGACCACGAGGACCCCCUGGACCCCCGAAUCAGAAGGGCAUUACUGGUCAAAAAGGUCAUCCUGGAUAUCCGGGAGAUGAAGGUAGUAUGGGAGAUCGAGGACCACCAGGGCUGAAUGGAACUCGGGGACACAACGGUUGCCCUGGAAACAGAGGAAUCAAGGGCCAUAGAGGCUACAAUGGAAAUAAAGGAGAAGAUGGAGAGGAUGGGCUGGAUGGUGUGGAUGGAGAACAGGGUGAUGUUGGCCUGAAUGGGCUUCCAGGACUUAAAGGAGACCCGGGCAGUGCUGGUGUGAAAGGUUUUAAAGGCACCCCUGGAUAUAAGGGACAAAGCGGAGUGAGAGGAGAUCCCGGUGCACCAGGAAUAGAAAACACUGUUCAAGGACCAAAAGGAGUGGGAGGAAAUAGUGGGCUCCCUGGUGACGAGGGGAAUGUUGGACCCCCGGGUAUACAUGGAGAUAAUGGUGAUCCUGGUGCUCCAGGAAGAAAAGGCCCACCAGGAUUGCCGGGUGAGUCUUCAUAUGAAAAAGGAGAAGAUGGACAGCCAGGGCAUUCUGGUCACCCUGGACAAGUGGGACAACCAGGCCAAAAAGGAUCUCAAGGAGACGACGGUCUUCCAGGUGCACCUGGAAUCCAGGGUCCCUUUGGCGCACCUGGAACUGAAGGUUCAAAGGGAGGUCGAGGACCCAGAGGGCCAAGGGGCCCCCCAGGUGAUCCAGGGCCGAAGGGAACGCUGGGACGAGAGGGAUUUAGAGGGCCUUCGGGUCAAGAUGGUAGAGACGGGUAUGGACCUUCUGGACCCAAAGGACAUAAGGGAAGCACUGGAUACUUUGGCCUCCCUGGUUUGCAGGGUGAGGAUGGAAUGAAAGGAUCCAGUGGAAGUAAAGGACAUAAAGGUUAUCGAGGAACAACGGGAAACACUGGUCGUUCGGGUCCUCCAGGGGCUCCAGGAGAGAAUGGGAUGGAUGGACACAGGGGUGAAAAAGGACCUGCUGGAAUCAGUCUGAUGCCUGAAUGCGAACUGGUCGAAUACAUUCGCAAAAACUGCCCUUGCUGUUCUGGCAAUGGUACCCGGUGUCCGGUUUACCCCACCGACCUGGUGAUAGCUUUGGACACGUCUGCCAGUGUGACUCCUCAGGUGUUUGAGCGAAUGCGUUCCGCUGCUCUGUCCUUACUGGAAGACAUUUCCAUCGCUGAGACCAACUGUCCAUGGGGAGCGCGAGUGUCUGUGAUCUCCUACAGCAACGAGACCAGGAAUCUGAUCCGUUUUGCAGACCACCUUAAGAAGAAUACCCUUCUGGAAAUGGUACAAACAUUUGCUCUUGAAAGAACCACAAAAACCAGAGACAUCGGACAAGCCAUGAGCUUCGUGGCCCGGAACAUCUUCAAACGAGCGCGAAAGGGCAGGCUUAUGAGGAAAGUGGCAGUGUUCUUCACAAAUGGACCAUCGAGGAAUGAAUCGAACCUUGCGACAGCCAUGCUGGAGUUCAAGGCAGCAGACAUCGGUCUCGGAGUGAUCGCCUUAAGUCCUGCUGAUGACGUGAGCCGAGCAAUGCAGAUUGACGACACAAGAAGCUACGUGGUUGUUGAUGGCAGAGGAGUAAAUCACAUUAAACGGUGCAUCAUUUGUUUUGAUCGUUGUAACCCGGACUCAGUGUGUGGUGUAAUUCUGCGACCUCCACCCCUUCAGAUGGACUUGGAUCUAUCUGUGCUAUUGGAUGGAUCGGAUAACCUGGACACUCAACAGUAUGUGAAUGCGAAAGAGCUCCUGCUCUCUCUGUUGGAGCAGAUCGGUGUGAGUAGUGAGCCGAGCAGAGCCGACGGGAAAACCAGAGUGUCCGUCUACCAGCAGAGCUCCGUUUACGGCUCCUCUUACAUCAACGAGGAGUUCAGCUUCACUAAAUUUAAAGAUCGCGGUCUCAUGAAGAGACACGUUACUGAAACAACUAAGCAAGUGGGCGGCACGUCCCAUCCCGAGCUUGCUUUGGAGUGGCUGAUUACUAACAUUAUCCUGAAAGCAGAAAGACCACGAAACAAACGAAUGGUCAUGGCUGUUUUUGGUAAAAACUCUGAGCACAGCAAAGCUCAGCUUGAUUAUUUGUCUAGAUUGUGUGAGUGCCAGAAUGUUGUUAUGUUUAUCCUCAUGGCGGGACAGAGAUUCAACUGGACCCGGAUGGAGAAGCUCACCAGCUCUCGUCUGGAACAGCACUUGGUAUUCCUGGAUAACAGAGAUUACAGCACACGCUUCACUCACGCCUUCCUGCAUAUGCUCCACAGAGGAAUCUUGCCCCAGCCAUCAAUACUGCCUCAUGACUGUCGUAGUUUUGUGUUGAGACCUGUUGAAUCUGGACAACAAACCACAGAGAGAGAUAUUUUGCCCACCGAAGAACCCACCGAAGAGCUCAUUACAACAGAGGAGCCUCUGGAUUAUUAUGAAGAUGUUGAUGAUGAGCAAAACACAGAACCAGUCAUUGAACCCAAUCAACCCAAUGACACUGAACGAUUUACAGAAGAGCACAAAGAGGACAAAACCCAGCCCCCGAACAAUAAAGCACGAUGCUUCCUUGAGAAAGAUUCUGGCCGUAUGUGUGGAUCGUAUGUGUCCAGAUGGUACUACAGCCAGCAGACUAAGAAAUGCGUGCACUUCUGGUACGGUGGUUGUGGUGGAAAUGAAAACCGAUUCUUGACAGAUGACGAGUGCUUUAAGGAAUGCGUGUCUACAGAAUCUGAAAAUCUUCCAGAAGAUGAUUCCAGUUUCAAGGACAUUUGCCAGCUCAGUCUCGACACAGGAACUUGCACAAACUUCUCAGUGAAGUGGUACUACAGCGUCAGCAGUGGCCAGUGUGUCCAGUUCUGGUACGGAGGCUGUGACGGGAACAGCAACAGGUUCAACACUCAGGAAGACUGUGAGAUUCGCUGUCAGAAACGUAUCGCCAAACAUCUAAACUCUGAUAUCUAAAUGGAUUCACAAAGAAUUCAGAAUCAAUUUAUCUACUUUUGGCAGCUUCUACUUUCAUGAUCACGACUGUCAAAGGGAUACCUAUAAGAAGUUUUAGCUAAAUGUAUUUUAAAUGUAUUUAGCUAAAUCUGAGUGUAAGAAAGAUUUGGUUACAAGAGCAGAAAUUGUUCAAAGGUGAAGUUUAUAAUGAUGCCUCAUCAGUGCAAAAAUAAUGAUUUAGUUUCUAUAAUUUCAGUCAUUGCUUGAUGAAACAAAUAAGCCCACCUCAAACUCACGUCAUUGGCUGAAACAGGUUACGAUUCAAUUUGGCGCCAUUAGUAGUAUAGAAGAUACAUUCUUCACUUUUAACAUAAAACAUUAUUUUAGAUGUUUAUUUUAAUCACCUUUAUAAAACCUCAUUUUCACAAUAUUCCUUGAGUGAAUUGUCCAUGUUUUUUUGGUUUUUUUUAAAUGCACAUUGUCAUCAAGACGACUGUUAAGAGGAAUAAAAAAACUAUGAAAAUAAGAAUGUGUGGCAUACAUUUCUAAUUAAGAGGUCUCGUUUUUUCCAAUACUUUAAAUGUUUCUUAAAAGACCCCGGAUAUACAGUAAAAUAAAAAAAACAGUCUAUACUGUUAACACUUAAUGGAAAAUCAGCCUUAUUUAAAUGACUAAACAUGUAGUGUUUGAAAAAAAAACCCCACUAAGUUAGGUAUGAUAGUUAGUUGCAUGUGUUUUUUAGGGUUAGGAUGCAUGCCAGAAGAGGGUGCUGUCUCAUAAAGUGUGUUAUUUCAAUGUUCAGAAUACAUUCUCUCUUCCCCAGUUUAAAGGAAUAGUUCACCCAAAAAAGUUAAAAUGUCCAUUGAAGUUCAUUGGAGAAAUGUAGCACAAAAUCACUCGUUUACCAGUGAAUCCUCUGCAGCGAAUGGGUGCCGUCAGAAUGAGUCCAAACAGCUGAUAAAUCAACAAUUUGGUCAAGACAUCCUCGAUCCAUGAUACUGCGAUUAGUGCGAGUUUAGGAUGUGAAUAUUGAUAAACUGUAAAUAUUUUUGCUAUUCUGUAUUCAGUGUGGUGGCGGUAGCAACACCGAAGGUUUUUCAGUUCCGUUCAUCGGUUUUAAUGACAGUUAAUGCGUUCAGGACAGUGUAGUAAAAGCACACAGUAAAAUUGAGAACGUAGUUACAGUGACUUCAGUCCUGCAGUUCCUGCAUUGUCCCCGACCGCCGUUGACGGUCCCGUCGGUUUAAGUGCAAUCCCGGAGGCCGGUCAGAAUCCCCCGUGGGUUUUAUUGCUGAUGUGAAGCAUGUUCAGCCCUUGUUUAGAGAGGAGGGUAGUCUUCCUCACAGACGAUAUUGAGAAAGCACGGGGAAUGUCUUUUAGAGAAAUGUGAUAUUAGCACUGAAUAGAAGUUCUCUGAUCAGUCCAGAGACUGCUGAAAACGUCCGAUACCAUCCGUCUCGUCUCAGAGACGACCGCAAAAUCCUCUCGCACCAUUUAAAACAAUUGAAACCAGGCUUUACAUCGUAAUGAGAACAUGUACAACUAACAGAAGCACUAUUAGAACGUUUAAAUUACUGUUACAGUUCAUUUUGUUGAAUAAACACUAUAUACUAAAUCAUGAAAUAUACACAACCACUCUUAAGUAUAAUAGUAUUGUAAUAUCUAACAGUGUUAGGAAGUUACAGAUGCUUUUUGUCAAUUAAUGUUUUUUUUUAUUUUAAUUUUUUUAUUUUAUAUUUAUGUAUUUGAAUUGCAUAUAAUAAUGUAAACUUAAAAACUUAAUGCGAUGCGUAUGUCAGUCAUACAUAAAAUAAACGUUAUAAUUUCUGCACUCAAAAAAACGUAUCCUUUUUUAUUCAAAUACUCAUAUUUAUUCAGAUCGCUUAGAAUCAGCAUAAAUGAGUUCAUUGUGAAAAUAUAUUUUAUUAAAAUAAAUAAAUAAACACGAACAUCAUUAAACGUCUUGCCGUGGAACAGGCAGUUACAGUAGCUGCAAAAUGCAUGUCUUGUAUUUAUUGACGAUGCACGAUCUGGUAAUUGUGUAUUUAAGAUGGGUUCAGUUUAUUAGUUCUGUUACAGAAAGCAACCCUGAUUCAUUUAUGUGGGACUGACAAAUAUGCAGCUUGAAAUAUGUUGAUGGUAAAACAAUCUUAUCCAAAUGGACGGAAAUUUUCUAUGCAAUUCAAAAACAUGAAAUACUUUUUAAAUGUAGCUCGACUGGCUUUAAUAGCUUUCCAAAAAACAAGGUCUUUUAUUAGUAGUAGCAAGGCAGUAUGAAAAUCCGACAUUGUAAUCCAACGUCGUGUCACAUUAUGGUCCACUGAGAUGCAGUUAUAAUCAAACAUGCUCCCCUCGCAUCACAGCGUCUGAUUUAUUGUAGUAAAUUAGUUGAGUUUAGAAAAAAAUGAAUGCAUAAAAAAUGUACGGGUUCGAGCCCCUGGCGUUAUAAGUGCUUUUUUUUAAAUAAUGUUUUGCUGACGUUUAACGUCAGUUCAUCUGUUUAUAUUCAGUUCAGUGUUUAUUCCUCAUCGUACAGACCUGAUUACAAAAAGUCUAACUAUCUUUUCCUAAAUCCCAUCUAUUUUACAUCGGGAGUGGCUUAUACGCUUUUAAGCAUUGCUGGUUUAUUAUACCAGUUUUUUUUUGUUUGUUUUUGGUUUUUUGUGUCAAGUAUCUCUGCAGGUGUAAACAACAACAACACAA